AUGAUUAAAACUUGUGUGCUUAGAACUAUAAUUCUUUAUCUCUCUAUCUGUUGUGUCCACAGUGAUUCAUAUGGAAUGAAACCAAAUGGAGAUUGUUUAUUUAAUUCCUACAAUGAUGGUGAUCUAUGCAGAGAUUGUCCGUCAGGCUAUUCCGGAAAAAACUGCACUGAUAAGUGUAAACAUCCUACGUUUGGACUUUUGUGUUCAGAAACAUGUAACUGUCAAGUUUGCCAUCAUAUAUUAGGUUGCAUUUCAACUGCAGUAAACACAGCAGAUGCAUCAACCAAAGCGCUCACCGGGACAUCAUUCACCUUUACAGAACAACCAGACGGAGAAUGUUUGUACAAUUCCUACAAAGAUGGUGAUGUGUGCAGAGAUUGUCCGGCAGGAUAUUUCGGGAACAACUGCACUGAUAAGUGUGAACAUCCUGCGUUUGGAUUUUUGUGUUCAGAAACAUGUGAAUGUCCAGUUUGCCAUCAUAUUGAAGGUUGCAUAUCGACAGCAAAUUCAACAGAUUUUGUUCAGGAAAACAAAACAACAAACCGACCAGAAAAUCAACCAGAAAAAUUGCCGAAUUCAAGACUUAUGACUCGGGAGAUAAUCAUAUCAACUGGAGUAGUGAUUAUAAUUGUUUUACUAAUUGUCAUCCUAUUCACAAUGUGCAAUGGUUUUACCUCAGCAAAUGUAAAUGGGAACUGUCAUUGCUGUGAAAAGGUUCAAGUGGACAAUGUUUAUUCUGAGAUCAGUUGAUGAAGGAUCUAAAAAGUCAAAUCCAUCAACUUUCUUACUCAAAAGUUAUCCCACUGAAACUUAUUUGAUUUUACAAGGGUGGACUGAAAGUUCUAUAUGAUUAUACAGAUUGAUAAUUCAGAAACAAUUCAAAUAUGAUUACGUGAAA